UGUGACCGGAAGCUGAUGUUGCCUGGUUACCAACUGAAAACAACAUGGCGACGCCGUAAGUGUAAUAUGAGCGGUCCACUGGUUACACUGGGGAGACCCCGAAAGACCUGUCUCAUCCCCAUUAACCGGAAACAACACGGGGAGGUGGAUGAGAUGUCUUCGGGGGCUCGGACACAUAUUGGGGGAGAUAUGUCGAACCGCCAAAUAAUUCCCGAGAAGCAGUUAACUGCUGUUGACCUGCCGAGAAUAGGGAGGAGAGCAGCUCCGUUUAAAGACCAGUUUCCUUACACAGGGUCUGUUCCCAGUGAUUUUGACCUGCUAAGUGCGACAAUGAAACGAGUUACCGAGCUGGAAAGGUGUGUCCACAUACAAGAGCGGACUUUACUGAAAAAGGAUCAGGAAAUAGCUGCAUUGGAAGAAAAGAUCAAGAAACUACAAAACAAUAAGAUAGACAGCUCUCUGCAUGUUUCACAGGAGCUUGGGAUCAAAUGCCAAAAGCUUCAACAAAGAGUCCAAGAGAUGGAGCAAUUUCUUAAAGAUUAUGGGCUUGUGUGGGUUGGAGAUGAUGAUGAUUCAUCUAGUGCGCCAAAGCCAGACACCAGAACCUGGAUCUCAGGCCACUCUUCCAGUACAUUUCAACCCGAUUUUGACCUGAUCCUACAGAAUUUGCAGGACUUGAAUAUCCUUGGGGGAGAGGGAAAAUCUUGCAUUGAGUAUAGGGAUGGUGGAGCACGUCUGAUAUCUCCUAAGCCAGUCCAACUAACAUUGUAUAGCAAUGGAAUUAUAAUGUUCAAUGGCCCUUUCCGUUCUUACCAAGAAGCUUCUACAAAGCAAUGCUUACAGGACAUCAUGGAUGGAUAUUUUCCAGCUGAGUUACAGAGCCGUUUUCCAGAUGGAGUCCCCUUUCAGGUCACUGACAAACGUAAUGUGGUUUUCAGAGAGCACCAUUCUUGGGGGGAGUUUCCUGGCCAUGGUCAGACAGUGGGCAUUACAACAUCUUCAGUACAAGAGACAAGGGAGUUGCCAGGUCUGCAGCUUUCUGUUGAUCAGUUCUUGAACAAACUUCCUCAGUCUGUAGUUCGUGCUGGGAAAGUUUUGGAUAUCCGUGGUCCAAUCAGAGAAGUCUUGCAGGAGGCAGGUGCAAAAGAGAAGCUAAACGAGAUACAGGUGGAAUCCCUCCUUGUGGAAGAAGUGGAAAAAAGGUAUGAUCAAAAUAUAGCUGUUUCCACACUGCGCAUAAAGUCUGAAAAUGGAGAAUACACGUACAAGGUGCGAAUGCUAGAGUCAGAGACCAUUGGAGAUCUACGUGUCCAUUUGUCCAAUUGUAGGUCAUCUCACGUCAACUCCUAUGAAAUUGUCAGCCGCUUUCCUCACAGAGUAUAUGAUGAUGAGUCUUCCACCCUAAAACAACUUGGUCUUGUCCCCAAUGCUUUCCUGAUGCUGCGUGCCAAGGGUUCAGAGUUAUCAGGAGUUCAAAACACUCCAGGCACAAAUGCAUACUCCCAGACUUAAAUAAACUGUAUAUCUAGAA